CGACGUCCAUCACUGCACGACUGCUAUCGCUCUCCUAUAAGGCUUUUGCUCCUCAGACUUUGCAUCCGCUCGACAGAGCGCUGCGCUCUUCUUCUUCCCCCAACGUUUCUUGUGUGACUCAGGACCAUCAUCAUGUUGCCGGCUCAGCGGAACAAGGUCGACAUUAGCAAACUGACGGAGGAGGAGCAGAAGCUCUUCCGUCUGUACGGCAAGCUCCCCACGCACAAGAAUAUCUUACAGAAGAUGCAGAAGGAUCGCAAGUAUUUCGACUCGGGUGACUACGCACUUUCCAAGGCCGGCGUUACUCCACAGAACGCCGUCGGGACUGCCAUUCCCAACCCCGAGAACAUUCCGCAUGCGUCGUCCCCACCAGUCAACCACAACCCCCUUUCUGUCUCGCCCACAAACUCUGGUAUAAGCCCAGCGAAGGAGAGCCCGCUCGUCGAGCCCGAGACGGCGGCUCCGGUUCCAGAUGCAGCAGAAUCUGAAGAAUCUGAGAAACAACCAGAGCCCGACGAGGAGGAGGUUGAGAAACCGGCGGAGGAAGUAGAAUGAAGGCUACAGCCUGGACCAUAGUUCAUACGCUCAUCGUGGACGCCUGAUGACCUCUGCCCGCCGGUGCUGGGAUGCAGCUGAUUGGUUUGAAUACUUGCGAGACCUCACUGUAUGCGCGUUCUAUCGGUUCCUGGAUCCCUGUUGUACUAGUAUCAUCCACGCAUUUGGAGCUGUUCGUCCUUGGAUGGAUAUUGUGUGCUGUGCAUCGCCUACAUUCAAGAAAUCAUGACUGAGUACAACGAGACCCGACCGAUGCUCGCGAC